GGUGCCGCUCCCGUSCCAUCCACGMGGGUCCCGUCACGCCGCUCCCGGUGCCGUCCGCUAGGUACCGCUCCCUCGGUGCCGGUGACGGUCCCUCCCCGUCUGUGCCGCUCCCGGUUCACCGCUCCCGUCCCGUCCGGUGGGCGCGGAUGGCGGCGAGCGGCGCGGCCCCGUGGCUACUGCUGGCCGCGGUUCUGUGCGCGGCGGCCGAGCCGCGCUGCCCGUCGUGCCCGGCGGGCGCGGAGCGGCGGCUGCUGGAAGAAGUGGCCAAGAAGCAGCUGCUGGAAAAGCUGCGGCUCCGCGAUCGGCCGCGGCUCUCCCACUCCGUGCCCCGCGCCGCCGUKGCCCGCGCCCUGCGGCGGCUGCAGGCGGGAGGCGCCCGCCGGAGCCCCGAUGUUACCGAGGAGGAGGAGGAGGAGCAGGGCUACGAGAUCAUCAGUUUCGCGGAGAGAGAUCUCACAUCUCCCUCCGGUUUGGGGCUGCGGUUCCAGUUCAGCCAGGCGCAGGACCAGGACAUUCGCAUCCUGCAGGCUCAGCUCUGGCUCUACCUGCGAGUGCCCCGCCCCAGCCUCACCCUGAGCAUCUUCCUGGCCGGUGAGGCCGGGGCUGCAGCGGGGGGCAACCGCACGCUGCUGGGGGAGAGGCGGCUGAGCGCUGCGGGCAGCGGCUGGCGCUCCUUCCCCCUCCUGCCGGCUCUGCAGAGCUUCUUCGAGGGGCAGAGCCGGACCCUGCGGCUGGAACUGGAGAGCCGCGGUGACGGGAGCGAUGUCACGGCGUCGUUCAACGCCAGCUGGUCCCACCAGCCCUUCCUGGUGGCCAAAGUGAAGCUGAGGGAGCCCGAACACCGCGUGGCCAAGCGCAGCCUCCGCUGYAGCCAGAACUCCAACCUCUGCUGCCGCAAGGAUUACUACGUGGAUUUCCGCGACAUCGGUUGGAACGACUGGAUCAUUAAGCCCGAGGGCUACCAGAUAAACUAYUGCGUGGGCCAGUGCCCUCUGCACGUGGCAGGCAGCCCCGGCAUGGCCUCUUCYUUCCACACAGCCGUCUUCAACCUCGUCAAAGCCAACAACAUCCAGGCGUCGGGGCAUUCCUGCUGCGUGCCCACGCGGCGCCGGCCGCUCUCCGUGCUCUACUUCGAUCGCAACAGCAAUAUCGUCAAGACUGACAUUCCCGACAUGAUUGUUGAUGCCUGUGGUUGUAGUUAGGGCUGGGGGAGAUGUGCUGGGAUCCUCCCCGCUUCUCCAGGAUUGUCUAUCUGGUGGAGGGGGAGGCAGCUGGAGAGGUCUGUGUGAGCUGGAGUGAGCCCUCGGURCGAUGGACAGCUUUGGAAAGGUUGGGAGGGAGGGAGGGUUGUGUCCAGACAGCGCCUGGAGCAGGGGGCUCUGGGGACAUCUGGGACAGAGCCAAGGCCACYGUGGACUGCCCAAACCUGGGCUGGGGGUGCUGAUGACUCCGGACAUCCCUGUUCCCAAGCAGAUCCCACAUUUCUGGGGGUCCCCUCUGGUGUGGGGGCCCCCUUGGUUCACAUUCAGUGUCUGAUGAAGGGUUGGGAUGUGGCUUCCUCGGGAGCAGAGUGGGAUGCAGGAACGGAUCUGCUUCCUCCAGCCUCAUCUGGAGGACGAUGAGCCCACCUGUCCCUGCUGCUGCAAAAAAAAACCUUCCUGCACCCAACUCAGGCCUGGUUUUGGGGACAGAACGGCACAAAUAACAGGUCUGGGGGAGGAGGAUGAAGGAUAGGACUUCAUCAAGAACCCCCAAACAGCAGUGACUGGACAAACUUCUCUGAUCCCUGGAAGCCUUGGGGCUGUGAGGGCCGAGUUCCUGGUGCUGAGUGCUUCCCCUUUCCCUGGGUUUGUGCUUUCCUCCCCCGUUCCCACCCACCAGCCAGGUCUCCUCCAGCCCGGUGCCUCCGUUCAGGGAGGUCUGGCUCMAACUUUGCCUUCAAGACCACACUCAAAUGCACAGAUUUGUUUUGUGCCACUGGUUUUGCAGCUAUCCCUGCUUCCUCAGUUCUCGAAGCCGGUGGGACUCCCUGGUGCUCCAUCCUCUCUGCCUUCCCYUUCCUCAUGCACCCACAUGGCCUCUGCUUUAAUUUAUUACAGAACAUUUUGGCGUGGCUUCCCAAAUAAAUGGGUGGAA